GGCGCUGUUGCCGCCCUGAGUCCGCGAGGCUUCGCAGGCUCCAGGCCGCGGCUCCCUCAUCCUCCUGCUGCCGCCGUCGCUGCUGCCGCUACUCGCUCGGCUGCUGCUGCUGUUGUUGCUGUGUUGCUGCUGUUGUUGUUGCUGCGUCUCCUCUCCAAGACGAACCUGAAUGUAGCGCCGACGGCUUUUGAGGCCGCUGUGGGGGCUGGAGGCGUGGGGGCGGCCCUGGCCGCUCAGCGCCGUCUCCUAGCGGCCUGCGCGGCCUAGCGGGACCCGAGCGGCCUCGCCUGUGACCGGAGCCUUCCUCGCCUGCGCGGGAGGCCGGCGUUGCCGAGGGCACAGGCAUGGGGAACAGCGCCCUGAAGGCCCACUUGGAGACCGCGGAGAAGACGGGGGCCUUCCAGCUCACGGGCAAGGGCCUGAGCGAGUUUCCAGAAGAUCUGCAAAAGUUGGCGAAGAACCUGCGGACUGUGGACCUGUCCCACAACAAGAUCCCGGCAUUGUCUUCCUUUGUUGGGGAGUUCCAGGUGCUGAGAAGCCUCACGCUGAGCAACAACCGUCUGACCAGCCUUCCCGAGGAACUGUGCAAGGUGAAGAAGCUGGAGUCGAUCCACGUGAACAACAACCUGCUUAGGAGCCUUCCCUCCAGGCUGGACCAACUGUGCGCCCUCAAGACCCUCUGCCUGUCCGGCAACCAGCUGACGGCCUUCCCCCUGCAGCUGUGCUCACUGCGUCAUCUGGACCUUGUCGACCUGUCCAGAAACAAGAUCCAGGCUGUGCCCGAUGGCAUUGGGCAGCUGCAGGCUGUGGAAGUCAACCUCAACCAGAACCAGAUCUCCCGCAUCUCGGCUGAUGUGGCGACCUGCCAGCGGCUGAAAGUGCUUCGCCUGGAGGAAAACUGCCUGGAGCUUCCAGCCGUGCCAUCCGCCCUCCUCACCUCCUCCAAUGUCUCUCUGCUCACCCUCGAUGGAAACCUCUUUGAGAUGAAGAAAUUUAGAGAGCUGGAUGGAUAUGAGCAGUACAUGGAGAGAUUCACAGCAGCCAAGAAGAAAUUCAACUAGAGUGGGCAGCAGCAGCAUCCUGAUGGCGAUGUCUCAGGCUGCAGGCGGCAGGGUCGGCACAAUGCAGGGAUCUGGGCGACCAGGGGAAGGUGGCAGCACAAUGCCCGAGCAAGCUGCCCCCAAGCCCAGUCGAGAUAACCAGAACAUUACAGAUCCCACUCUCAUUUGACUCCAUGUCUUGCAAGCCCAUGUGUCCCCGACUGUCGUUGUGAAGUGUGCAACAUUGGCUACCAAUAACCGGGAUAACAUUUUAAUGGGCACUCCUGAUCCAGCAUGGUGCACCAGAUUUACACGUUUGCCCCCUCGUUUAUUUUGCCGUGCUGCCAUGUGCUCGCCGAGGACACGAUCGGCGUUGUAGAGCCUGGCUCAAUCCCCUCAUCGCAUCGCAGUCGGCGAGAGGUCAGCCGCGUGACAGUGAGCUGGCCUGCAUAGUCUGUGCCGUGCGUCAUGUGUAAUGAAGAAGCGCUUUGAUCGAUAUAAACAUGCCUGUGGAGAUUGCAAGUGCAGAAAAAUCAAUUCAGAAUUACGUGUAUAUAGCUACUGGAUUGAAUUAAAUUGGUGAGAGAAAUCUUAACUGGAGGCACAUUGGAAUGGUCUCUGCAGCACAAGAAUGUCAGGUUAUCACCUACUGCUGCUCUGAUCGGACCUGUAGACCACAGGAAAUAUAUUUCUCCAGUUACAAUUUUAAAUAAAGACCGAAUGUAAUAUUUUUUUCUGCCUCAGUGUACAUGUAGCAGUGACUAGGGGGCUCAAGUGUGAAUGAGGGGGGCUGUAGAGUUCCCCGUGAGCCUUGGUAAAUAGUGGACCGUGUCCACACCUCAACACACUUCCGGGCACCCAGCUUGAGGACCUGGAAUGGGUUUUUCUGACUUUGCCAAAAGUCUGAUGCUGGUUUGUUACAUUUGCCACAAAAAUGUUGGCGCGCAAGUCUGAAAGGUUUCGCUCUCGCAUCAAAUGUGGUAGCUGUGUAUCUGUAUGCGUGCAUGUAUCUGCUGCAUCGAUCGGUCCGAUCCUGGCACUAAAACCCCUCGAGCAGUUAAAAUGCAAGGUGCCUAUAGGUGGCCGAGGAGCAAGAAGCCCACGCGUUGGGGCUUUUUGGUUGGCACAGGCCCGUCCUGUUUGCUGGAGAUGCUCGGAGUUGUCAUUGUCACGGCUACUCUGCUUACAAUGUAGGGUUGCUACCUUUAUAGUAAAAUCGGUUGCACCAA